UUGUAGUAAACGAUUGAGACUGCCACACCAAUACACAAACAAAAAACAGAAAACACUCAUCAUUACAAGCAAAGAAAUUCAAAGAGAGACAAAGCUAUAAGAAUGGUGACUUCUGAAGUGACUCCAAGAGUUGAGAGUUUGGCAACCAGUGGGAUUCAAGCGAUCCCAAAAGAGUACAUUAGGCCACAAGAUGAGCUAACAAGCAUUGGUAAUAUUUUUGAGGAAGAGAAGAAACAUGAAGGACCUCAAAUCCCAACAAUCGAUUUGAAGGAGAUGGACUCUGAGGACAAAGUGGUUCGGGAGAAAUGUCGAGAGGCAUUGAAGAAAGCUUCUGUGGAGUGGGGGGUUAUGCACCUUGUUAACCAUGGCAUCUCCGAAGAGCUCAUGGAGCGUGUCAAGGUAGCUGGAAAGGCCUUCUUUGAUCAACCUAUUGAAGAGAAAGAGAAGUAUGCCAAUGACCAGGCUUCAGGGAAGAUUCAAGGAUAUGGUAGCAAGCUUGCUAACAAUGCUAGCGGGCAACUCGAGUGGGAGGACUACUUCUUCCACCUCAUAUUUCCCGAGGACAAGCGCAACUUGUCGAUAUGGCCUAAGACACCAAGUGACUACAUUAAGGCUACUAGUGAGUAUGCAAAGGAAUUGAGAGGCCUAGCAACCAAAAUUCUGUCAGUUUUAUCACUGGGUUUGGGAUUGGAAGAAGGAAGGCUAGAGAAAGAAGUUGGAGGGUUGGAGGAGCUUCUUCUUCAAAUGAAAAUCAACUACUACCCCAAGUGCCCUCAACCAGAACUAGCUUUGGGUGUUGAAGCUCACACUGAUGUAAGUGCACUCACUUUCAUACUCCACAACAUGGUCCCUGGUCUGCAACUCUUUUAUGAAGGCAAGUGGGUGACUGCUAAAUGUGUCCCCAACUCCAUUAUCAUGCACAUUGGUGACACCAUUGAAAUCUUGAGCAAUGGCAAGUAUAAGAGCAUUCUUCACAGGGGACUUGUUAACAAAGAGAGAGUUAGGAUUUCGUGGGCUGUUUUCUGUGAACCACCUAAAGAGAAGAUCAUACUCCAGCCAUUGCCAGAGGUUGUGUCUGAGACAGAGCCAGCACUGUACCCACCUCGCACUUUUGCUCAGCAUAUUCAUCACAAGCUAUUCAAGAAAACCCAGGAGGCUCUCUCCAAAAAAGCCUAGAUUUGGCCAAGCUUGAUUAGUAUAUGUUGAAUGUUCUUGUUGUGGCAGGUGUUGUUGAAUUUGAUAUUGUGUAUGUAAGUUUCGUAAUUGAAGCUAAUGUCGUGGCAUCUACGUACUUGCUCUUUGAAUAAUAAUUAUUCUGCUUCUCUUUUAUAA